AUGAAAAAAGAUACACCAUUUAUCAUUGAUUUCAACAGUAAAUCUCACACAGGAUCAGAUUUUUCAGUAUACCGAUUCUGCUGUCGUUCACCUCGACAACAACGUACAUGGAUUGUAUCAUUAAGCUUUCUUUCUAUUCUAUCCCUACUUGUUUAUAUUGGUUAUUCUAAACAUUCUUCAAAAUUUACCCAACACAUUUCAUUUGAAUAUCAUCCAAGCGAAAACAACAAAGAACCAUGGCAACAAAAGCAACGCAGACAUGAUCUUGAUUUAAUUUCGUUUUCUAAUGUCUGUUUCUCUCGAUGCAAUGAAUACGAAGCGAAAGUCAAUGAGAACCAGCGUAUCGAAGGAAAAGUGUUCGCACUUCCAACGAACGAACGCCAGAUAGCUGUACGUGAUGCAAUGCGACAUGCUUGGAAAGCAUAUCGAACAUAUGCCUGGGGUUUUGAUGAAUUAGAACCAAUCUCGAAAAGACCAUCGGUAUGGUUCGGUUUAGGUUUAACUAUUGUUGAUGCGAUUGAUACUUUAUACAUAAUGAAUAUGACCCAAGAGUAUAAUCAAGCUCGAGAAUGGAUUGAAAACUAUUUCAAUAUGGAUGUGAAUCUUGUGGAUAAAUUCAAUUCCCACUUCGAAAUCACCAUACGGAUACUUGGUGGUUUGUUGAGUAUAUAUCAUUUAACAAUGGAUGAUGUAUUCAUGAAACGAGCAGUUGAAUUGGGCGACCGACUAUUGUUAAGUUUUAACACGAGUUCAGGAUUACCGCUUGCCGAAAUCAAUCUGAAACGGAAGAUCGCACAUACUUAUGGGUGGACAUCCGAUUUGACUACAGCAGAAGUGGGGACAGUUCAACUGGAAAUGCGUGAUCUAUCACGAAUAACCGGUGAUAAUAAAUAUGAAAAUGCAGCUGAUCGAUCAGCAGCCGUGCUUCACGACCAGGCCAAAAAUGAUGGUCUAGUACCGAUCUUUGUCAGUUCGAUAACUGGCCAAUUUUCUGGUGAAAUUAUAUCGCUUGGUGCACGUGGUGAUUCCUACUAUGAAUAUUUACUCAAACAAUGGUUGCAAACAGGACGAAAGCGGCCGAAUUUUUGGAACGACUGGAUAGAGAGUAUUGAUGGCGUCCGAAAACAUCUCUGGCGUGUAGCAUAUUCUGAAAAUUUCUAUUUCGUCGGCGAAUUAUUGGGUAUCUCAGUGUUCUCACCGAAAAUGGAUCAUUUGGUUUGUUUUCUUGCUGGUAAUAUGGCACUCGGCUGGCACUUUCGUCGUGAUCUAACCUAUCUACUUGACAUGGCGAAAAAUUUGACGGCAACUUGCUACGAAAUGUAUGCUCAACAACCCACGGGUCUCAGUCCUGAGAUCGUCUAUUUCAACCUCGAUGCCGAGUCGAACAAAAGUGCAAUUCUCGUCGAAGAUAAUGAUGUUCAUAAUCUCCUCCGACCGGAACUAGUCGAGUCAUUAUAUUACAUGUAUCAUUUAACAGGCGAUAAAAUUUACCAAGAUUGGGGUUGGCAGAUAUUUCAAUCAUUUGAAAAAUAUACGCGCCAAAACGACGGUUACUCAUCGAUCAAUGACGUUCGACAUGUUGACGAUGUUCAACCACGUGAUAAGAUGGAAAGCUAUUUUCUAGCUGAAACAUUAAAAUACUUUUAUUUGUUAUUUCAUCCAACGAAUCUAUUUCCAUUUCAUCAAUGGAUAUUCAACACCGAAGCACAUCCAUUACCCAUCUACACGAAUUGA